AUGGAGGUCGACGAGGGCGUGGCGCACAACGGCAUCGUCGAGCUCUGGAUCGACCCUGGCAAGAAGCAUCACUAUUUGAAGAAUCAGCUGACCCACGAGACCGUGAAGAUACUGGCCCCACCAGCGGGCACGGAUUAUUGGGUCAUUGAUUUGAAGGACAACUACGCCUACAUCGAUAGCCCAGACGAGUCGCACUGGGUGACGGAGUUCUUCAAGCACAACGCCUUCGUGUCAGACCAGGGCCAGACGUUCGUCAAGUCCACGGACAGCGACUCCCCAGAGUGGAUCGAGAAUUUCUUAGGCAUGCACAGGGUCGACGAGUUCGCUUUCGCACACCCCGCUGGGACGCAGACCACCAGGUACAUGAUGGUCGCUGUGUGGGAGAAUGCUCAGUAUGAUUCGUCGGUGUGGAUUUCUCUUUGGAGCGUGUUCGACAUGCUUUGUCUCCAUGUCAACGUGAGCGGGGGCUCUUGGUUCGCGAACCGUCGGGACGCAUGGGAGCGGUGCUUGUGCGCGUGGCAGCUUCGUCACCACCUUCGCCAGAGCAGCCCGUACGCGAACAAGAGAGCGGCACUGUCGAGUGAGGAGCUCGCGAUGCGCAUCCUGAAGUUCCCGUCGGUCAGCGUGGUCGGCAUGAUGUGCUUGAUGAUUCAGUGGGGGUCGGAGAAUCAAAGUUCGCGCUUCAAGUCCGACACAGAUCGCGCUUCGGCUAACGACUUGUUUGACAGCUUCGCUUACAUGAUCCAGAACGGCAGCAUCAGGGUCAACGUCGACGGCUUCGCUUGGAGGUGCGGCCCCGACAUUGCAGGCGUGCGGCCCAUGGUCGUACUCAUCAAGGCUGGAAGGUUUGAACGAAAGUCUUUCAACGCCGUUGUCGAGUCCUUCUUCAACGAGUACGGUACGCCAGUGAGCUGGGAAGAUGCUGGCGUCUGGGAUAAGCGCGAGGAGGGCGAGGACUUCAAGCCGUCUGACGUCAUUCAGAAGAUCCUCACUGGCAACAGGGACGCCAAGCUUGCAAUGCAGCUCGUCUGGGGCCUAGGCAACCUCGUCGACGCGAAGAUCGCCAAGGCCAAGGGCAAGGAUGUCGAGCUGGCCCCCGACUUCAGGUACGAUUUCUCGGACGAUCUUGACGCUCAGCCCGACUCCAGCGUAGACGUUGCGGUAUCUGGCAACCACGGCGCUGCGCAGGUGAUCAUGCGGUACCUCAAGGUCAGCAAGCGCACCAUGAUCGACAGCAUGAACCUCGGUUUCGUCAUGGACGCUUCCACGCCAGACCACCAGAAGAAGUUCUACGGCGCUGUGUUCAAGCCGAACAACACAGUGGCCAUUUGCCCACCGCAGGUGAGCUCAGUCUACAGCGGCAGGCAGAUGUACGACAGCGAGAGCACGGCAUUGGCGGUGCAGACGUACGAGAAUACCCACAUCGAGCGGGCCAGGGAGCUUCUGGGCAUCAAGUGCAACUCCUCUGAGUUGCCACGGAUGGAAAAGGUCAAGCGCAGGUGCAGAUUGGACUCCUUCAUGGCUGGGAAGGCUCUUCACAACAUGCGCCUCGUGAGCGUCGGCGAGGGCCUUGGGGCAGUCAAGAUCACAUUAGAACAGUACCACCAGAUGAAGGACUGCUACGAUUGGAAGUGCGAUCACUUGUGCUCCGACCAGGGCCCCGACAUGAAGUGCCUGAAGUGGUUCUUACAGAGCUCGGAGGGCCUGUUCAAUGUUGACGACGACGAUGAUCUGGCACACGGCAUCGACAACGAUUUCAACAUAGCUGGCAAGAAGUGCGGUCUGUGGGCAUUUCGGAGGCUUCAGAGGUUGGCGAGGAACGCAAUCUAUGGCCCCUUCGACGAGGGCAGGAGGUUCAAGGAGUUAAAGGACAUCGCGAAGGAGGUGAAGACGUUCGUCAGCCCUCUCAAGUGCCCGAUAUUUUGCGAGGCGUUGCCUGCCAUCCUCGAGGAGAUGGGAGAGCCCGCGCGCAUUAUGGAGAAUGGCAUCGAGGAGGAGGUGUGGAAUGGCAUGACCGAAGUCGGCUUCGGCGAGGUGGCUGGCAGGAAGGACAACCCCGCCAGGUGGCUUGGCGACCAUUAUGCUUCUCGCAUCGACCGCGAUCAGUUCACGAUGCGCGCCGUCUGCUUCUCUUACGCGGUCAUGGUGCGCGAGCAGUCGAGCACGAAGAAGCUCGGAGUCAAGAUGAAGGAGCUGUGCAGCGAACCGAACAAGCACGGGGGCAACGACCAGGCCGCGAGCAUGAAGUCGGUGGCCGCCGAGCUGAAGCGCGUGAGGAUGGCCACGCGGGACCAAGUGGAGGUUGCGAUCGUCUACUACAACAACAAGCAGAACAAGAACAUCGACGGGGCGACAUUCGCCAUCCGCGAGCCGUGGGCUCAAUGGCAUAGCCACAACAAGUGGCACCUCAGGGAUCUCACGAACGUCACGGACUGGGAGGUGGACCAAAUCGUCAACGGGAAGCUCCUCAAAGUUUUUGUGGAAUCCAUGUCUGUACCGUUCGAUGGCAAGGGGAUGAUGGCUUACCUCGGCUUCGCUGUGGAUCACAGCCAUGUCAACGUGAACGAAGUGUCCGCGUCCCACCCGCUUCUGAAGAUCGAGGGUGACAUGGCCGAGUUGAUCGGCACUUACUCCCUCGUCCUGAACGCUUGUCGCUUCAAGAGGCUCUUCAAGUUGAUGAGGGGCUGGCCCAAGCACUUGGUGGCGGCCCUCGGUGACCUCGCUUCCCAGGACAGGGUCUUCGCCCUCUCCAAGCAAGACUACGAGAACUGGAAGGCACUCGGCGACGACACGGUUGGCAUCAGGGCUCUGUCGGGGAUUAUGGCUCGCUUGAAGAAGAGCUCGCCUUUCAACCUCGUUCCAGUUCGGCAGCAUCUCGGCAUUCUUAUCGAAUCGGGGUUCCAGAGGACCUCGAGGUACAUGGAGUUCCUCAGCGAGAAUCGGACGAGGCCACUGCUGUCCCAGAUCGCCGAGGAUUGCUUCUGCAGGUCAGCCAAGGACAUUCAGCACGCCUUGGGCCAAGACCGAGGGAUCGACAGAGAUUUCGCGAACUUGAUCGUGAAGGAUGUCGUCUCGAAAGUUCACCGCCACAAGGACAUCAAUUGGAAGUUCGAGCCGCUCGUCAGAAACCCCAGGAUCCCCAAAGAGGUGUAUCAGAACACGCCCGACGACGUGAAGGCGAUCGGCCUCCAGAACAUCAUUGGCCCCAACCAGUCUCCGAAGUGGUCCAACCAGAGCGUUGCCAACGACUCCAAGCCGACUUUCGAGAUGGACAUGCUGGAGUUCUGCAGGGCCAGCGGCGUCAACGUCUCCACCGCAGAGAAGCACUGGUACUGCGCCUUGGCGAAGCAGGGCAAGGUCGCCAUCAAAAUGAAGGGGUCCCCCGACUCGGACUACGGCAUCGUCAUGGGUGACAUGUGCGGCAUCGGCGCAUUGACUGCCAAGCUCAAGCCUUUCAAAUACAGGUCUGGGCGCGACUUCUACAUGAUCGACUUCGACGCUGCGGCCCCGCUCAAGAUGACUUACGUAUUUGAUCCAUCGGAGUGGGAUGCCCUGCCUUUGUCCUGGACGUCACCGCUGAUGCAGUUUGUCGCGGAGGGGGGGCGCAGCUUGCCAGGUGGCAUCGAGAAGUACUGCACGAGGCUCGAACCAACUGGGCCUGCUGACAGUCUGUUGCGAGUGACCUUGCAGGCGCUGGUGACGCACGUCUUGAAGCCGACAGAUCUGGACCUGUGCGAAAUCUUGCGGAAGCGUUGCUUCGUGAAGUUCGUCGGUGAGGACGGCUUGGUGGACAUCCAGGGGGCGAUGGAUUGCAUGACGAAGGAAGAGCAGGAGAUGACGAGAGAGACGCUGCCUGAGAAGGACGCCCAGAAGCAGAUCAGGAAGGAAUACACCGCGAAGUUCAACGUCUACCGCAAGGAGGUGAAGGCGGUGCGCACUGCCGAGGCUGCCGAUCAGAACCGCACCAAGCAGGAGCUGAAGAAGUGGAAGGGGCCAAUCGAGCCGCCCAAGGACGGGAUCGUGCACUCCGAGGCGAAGAAGUUCCUCCCACCUGGUGCGAGCCUGUGGAGGGGUCUCACAGGCACGGGCGCGUGGCACGUCCACAUCCCCCCGCACUACAAGUCCAAGACGUGGCUCGAGGCUGGCAGCUACGACAACGCGCUCAGGUUCGUCCUGGCCUUCGCCUGGAAGAAGUACCUCAAGAGCAAAGACCUCGACGACUCGCACUGCCCGAUCAAGGGCCUGCUGAAGCACUACACGGACGAGGAGGGGCAGGCGGCCACCGCAGCCGCGAGCUCGUCGAGGGGAUGA